AUUCAAUAUAUAAAAAUUUAAAUGUUUUUUUGAUUUGUUUAAAAUGUGCAUUUCAAACAAAAUUGGAAAUUAACGAAAUUUAACUGUGUAAAUGAAUAGAAUAGAAAAAUCAUAUUUACCUCAUGCUUUAUAUUACAUACGACCAAUCGUAGAUGCCUUCAAAAUGACGGCGGGUACCCGCAGUUCUGACUUAUCACAAAUAGCCGUGAAUGCCAAUAAUAUACCGAAUGAUAGUGUUGAUUGUGGUGUAAAAUUAUUUGGUUGGUGUAAUGGUCCGCAAUGCUUGAAAUUGGCAAGAUUACGCACGUUUGUUUUUGUACUGACCUGUGCAGGUGUAGUGCAGGGUGCUUGCGAAACCUACUUUCGCAUUUCAGCAAAAGAAGCCGCUGUGGAAAAUGAUUAUAAUCCAAUAAUUGUCGAAUGGCUCCUUGUAAGUAGUGGCAUUUUUCAGGCUUUAUUCGCCUUAAUAUUCGCGCAUUGGGCUUUUAAAACCCAUCCAAUAAAAUGGUUAUCUGGUACCAUAAUCGUACAAUCGCUGAUCUGUGUGAUAGCCGUCAUACCACCCAUAAUUGGUUUCUCAGAUGGCGCCGUAACACCGAUCAGCACAAUAACCACGGGUCUUUGCACCAUCACAUCAUACCAGAGAAGCACGCUCACCGUACAACAGACACAGAUUAGCACACUUAUUCUACUCUUCGUGCUGCAAUUCGCGUUGGGUUUUGCCAAUUUAGCUUUCUACACCAUCGGCACCACAUAUUUAGAUGAUAACUCACCGUCCAUUGAUAGUCCAGCAGUGAUAGCCACUGCGUUAGCGGGUCGCAUUUUCGGUUUACAAGUCGGUUCAUUUGUUGUGAUCGGUGUUGGUGCCACCACGUUGGGUUGGUGGUUGGGUUGGAUUGUGCUGGCACCAUUCGUUUUGGUGAGCGGCAUCACAUUGGGCCUAUUUCCGAAACGUCUGCCCAAAACGGUUAUACAUCAUGCCGCACAGCGUAUUAUUGAAGAAACGCAUACACGCACAUUUGGCAGUCAAUUCUCCACGUACAUUGACGAUGUUGGCCUAGGGCCAUCACUAAAAAGGAUAUUUACAAAUAAACUGCUAAUGUGUAAUCUGCUGGGCAUAAUGUUCAUUAUGUCGGCUUAUGUGAAUUUUGAAUUGCAAGAGGAGUCUUACUUGCAAUCGCGUUUCUUUCUGCCCUACAGUGAAGAGGAUGGACUGCUGCAGGAGUGGGAGGCACGCUUUGUUGCUUACUUUUUGCGGCCGCCAGUUGCUGCUGUGGGCAUAUUGGUGCUGGGUCUGAUUAUUUCCAAACUGAAAUUGUCGGGAAGAACUAUAACUGGCAUAAAUAUCGGCUUCGGUCUCCAUUUAUUAGCUAUUUUCAUUGCUAAUAUUUUCAUAAAAUGUGAGGUUGGCGAUAUUGCUGGUGUCACAAAUGGCAAAGUGCUGCAGCCCUUUUGUUCCAGACAGUGUACUGGGGCUUGCAAUGCGAACACCUUCCAGCCUGUUUGCCCGGAGAACUCGACGGUCACCUAUUUUUCCGCCUGUUAUGCGGGCUGCUCUCUUACCACAAAUAUCAAUAAUGUGCAGCUUUAUGAAGGCUGCACCUGCGCUUCAAAUUCGAAUGCCGAGCCACAAGGAAAUCUGCGCGCAACCGAAGGCGCCUGUAGUUUCGCGAAUUGCCAACGCAUGCUGAUCGGUUUUCAAGUAAUGAGCUUAGUAGCAGCGGCAGUUUUGGGCGCAAGUACUGUAGGAAAAGUGAUAAUCACAUUGCGCAGUGUUCUGCCUCAGGAUAAAGCGCUGGCAUUGGCCGCGCAGUUAACGCUCUGCGGCUUAUUCGCUUACAUACCAGUACAUAUUGGUUAUGAAAUAAUCACAACAUCUACUUGUCUAUAUUGGACGCCCGAAUACAAACGUUGCCUGCUACGUGAAACACCGAAACAAGGCAACAUUUUAAAUAUUCUCUCAGCGUGCCUCAUUUUACUUGGAAUUAUCUUCGAUAUACUAGUUUUUAUUUUCGCCAAGGGUCUCAAUGUAUACAAUUGCAAGGUAACCGAUCCGAAUUACUCGCCAUCACUCUACUCGCCCAUACCACAUGAUGAUCCGCAUGCAACAGCAGCAACAGCAUCCGUACAACAAGCUGUGGGUGGCAGUCCUGCCACCACAGUUACGAAUGCUUCGCCAAUGCAACGUCGUGAUGCACAAUCAAUACGAUCUGCAGCAAAAUCUCAAGGCAUCAGCGUUUUUCGUAAUCCUAGCACACUCACCGAUUCCUCGGUUGGCGAGAAUAGCCUGUCAGAGCACAGCAAUAAUAAUAACACUGGCAUAACGUAUGCACAAGUCAUCUUUCCACCGGAUAAACACAAACCGGAUGACGGCACCACUAGUCCCAAACGUAUGGCGGUGCGUGCGGAUGUUCCGUUGCAUCAUUUGUCAGCGCAUGAUGUACGUGCGCAAUUGGGUAAUUUGAAAUCAUUUAAUCAGGAUAACAAGGAGGAUAGUGACGCUAUUCAACAAUUGGAAUCGGAAACUGAGGAAGAGAAGCCGUUAAAAAUAGAUGUUGCUGCUGCGAAUGUGGUCGCUGCGCCUACGCAGGCUAUUACACCGAAAACUGGGGUUAAAGUUCUGCCACCCCUCGCGCCGAAACCGAAAAAAGCACCAACAACGCCCGCAUCGACGCCUAUAGAAACAGAUUUGGACAAUAUUGAACAGUUGCCGGCAAGGUCAUUAAGUCCAGAGACGGAUUUUUAAUUUAUAUGAAAUAAUCAACAUACAUUUUUUAAAAAGAUUUCCCAAUUUUAGUAUUAUGUUUAUAAAUAUUUUUUGUAAGAAAAUAUACGAAUAAAAAUGUACGAAUACGCCCGUAAGAUUUACAUACAAAUUUAAA